CCCAGUGUCUAAUGUCCUAAACUGUCUAAUGUCUAAUACUGUGUAGGUUUUUCAUGAAUCAUGAUCCAUCAACUCUGUUAAAUAUUAUCGGCAAUAGCCAAUCACACAUAAUAACUCGCCGUCUUCUCGUCCUUUCGAUCACAGUUGUUAAAUUUUACCUUAAUAAUUGGCACCCUGUACAAGGGUCCAAAUCAUCCACAAAUCAACUACUACCGGGUAAUGAAUCAGAUAAACAAAAGUUGCAGGUUUCUGCAAUUGGAUGUCCUAAACAAGUUUAAUCUAUGGUCUUAUUGUAUCAGUUACACACAAACCUGUGUUAUUGAGUUGCAAGACCUCUACCCGCUCCAUUCGCUACGCGAUACUUGUUAGUGUCUAUUCUUUCUUUAUUGUCAUGAACAUAGCAUUGUGGAAGAACGAUUGAGCAGCCUUUAGGAUUUAUGUUUUUAUGCAUGCGUGGCGUAAGAAUCGAUAUGAGGAUGCAAUGCCUGGAUACAAAAUUCUUUACCUCUUCAACUUCUCUGGCGCCAAUACAACUUCCUUCCCGAAUGGAAACUCAUCUUUGGUAUGUUAUACCUAAUGAAGUUAAGAGUGAACAACUCUUAAACAAAUACUUGGAAUUUCUACCAAAAUCUGAAAAAGAACAUGUUUUUAGCUUGCGUGGCGAUGAAUUGCAAAAAGGAGCUCUGCUUGCUCGUGCUCUUGUUCGUACUACCAUUGCAAGAUAUCAGAUAAAUCAAGUUAGUCCAAGGUCUUUGAAGUUUAGGAAGAACAUCCAUGGGAAGCCUGAGGUAGACUGGCAACAGAUUGAGGAUUGGCAUCCUCAACAAUUGCAUUUCAAUAUUUCACAUACCAAAUCUCUAGUAGCAUGUGGAGUGUCGACGCAUAAUCCAAUUGGCAUAGACAUAGAAGAAAAGGAACGGAAGAUUAAACACAGUAUCUCAUCAUUUGCUAAAAGAUACUUUUCCCAGCAAGAGGUGCAACUAUUAUGUUCUAUUUCAGACCCUGAAAUUCAGCGCCAGGAGUUCAUAAAAUUAUGGACACUCAAGGAGGCAUAUGUUAAAGCAUUAGGAAGGGGAUUUUCUGGAUCACCAUUCCAAACUCUUACCAUCCGGUCUGUAGCUGAUAGCAAAGAAAGCUUUCAUCUUUCUGAAAGUUCCAGUUUUGAGAAUUCUGACAUAGUGGUCGAGUCUUUAGAGGAUUCUGCCAACCUCACAGGCGAUUGGCAAUUUGCACUCUUGGAAUUGGUUGGGUCUCAUUAUGCUGCCAUUUGCUUAAGAAAGGACUGUGCCAAUAAAUAUAAAAGCCAUCCUAUGAAAAUGAGUGUGUGGAGGACAAUUCCACUUGUUGAAGAUGAAUAUGUUUCCGGGACUGAUUCUGUCAUAGCUGUUGGGGGGCUAAUGUAAGCAGCAAUUUUUGUGCAAGUUAACUAACCGGUUAUAGUUGUUGCUGGCAUGAUGUAAUCAUGAUUUCAGAUUGGUAUUGCAAGUAUUUAACUAAUGGUAUUGAAUGUGUUUUCGAGAUAAAUUGGUCCUCUUGAUCUUGUAUCUAGGGAUUACAACUUACAAUUGUGUAGACUAGCUAGAGAGGUUAAUGAGGUAUGACAUUUGAUCUAACUGUUCUGGAUUGUAUUGCAAUUGUAAUGCUUACAAUUAUUUAUAUGAGAAGCAAAGAUUGCUGUUGCA